UUUUUGAGCCACGCAUUUCCUUGUCCAAUAGAACCAAAUCCAUCACUUACGGAAUGGGUAGACAAAGUCGUCGCAAAAUGUGAUGGACUACCGUUAACCCUGGAGGAGAUGGGCAAGGCUCUGCGCAGGGAAGUCAGAGAAAGCAUAUGGAGGCAGUUACUCGUCGCUCUGGAUGAGGCAGACAACGUAGUCAAAUUGGACCAACGGUUGUGGGCAAAAUUCAGAGUGAGCUACGACCGUUUGGGUAGUCGGGAGAAAGAAAUAUUUCUUCUUGCUGCGUCUUUCUUCAACAAUUCCACAUGGACCCUGGGACAAGCUAAAUCUUGUUGGCGUGUGGUCUAUGGCUUUGAAGAUCUCCUAUGGCAGAAACUAGUAGAUAUGUCUAUCGUCUACGAUGUCGGCGAAGAAGAAAUUAUACAAAUGCAGGAGCAAUUGAGAUCUCUGGGAACUAAACUAGCUUCGGAAAGCGGAACAUGUGGCAAAUGUAGAACUUGGACAAAGAAAAAUGUGCCCUCGAGGUUUAAUUCCUCAAAUUACAAUGAAAGGAUGGCAGAAGAACAGUUCUAUUCAAGUGAUUCACUUCAUCGCUCAUCAAGCACUGGUAUGAAAACGCAUAUUGAGGAGGUCAUGGCGCUACGACUUGAAGACUCGAUGUCCCUCACCUGGAGAGAUAUUUGCCAGAUGAAGAAGCUGCGAUAUUUGGAUUCCGAGAAGGAGUUGAGGUUGGAUGAAAAAGGUGGCAAGCUUCCAACGAACUUGGUACUUCUUCGAUGGCGUGGAGAAGUGAACAAUCUUCAUGACCUGAUCGACAGAGGUUCUGCAAGGCAUUUGGCUGUUCUGGACUUGAAAGCACCGCUCACAUGUUUGCCAACAACCGUCUGCGAGUUCCGAAACCUUGAAGUUCUGAAAUUACAUGGCGGCCUCUUCCAAGGUCUUCCGGAAACGUUCGUACAACUUCCAAGUCUUCAUCAUCUGACAUUUAGCUAUUGUCGUAGACUUCGUUCACUCCCCGAAGCUUUCGGACGGCUCUCACUGCUGCGAUUUUUGGAACUUCGAUUUUGUCAUAAACUUGAAGCAUUGCCCAGCUCGACCGGCCAGCUCCCACGACUGCAAACUUUGAUCAUCGAGGGAAUGAACAAACUUCAAAGGGUGCCUACGUACAAAAUAUUUACGAAACCUACUCGUGUAUUGUGCACAUGUGGCACAAUACACAUAUGUAAGAUCUGUCCACGUUGUUUGAUUGCUGAUCUGCAUCUGUUAUAUCAGUUAAGCGACUCUGUAUACGAACUUCACAAGCCAGGAGUUGAAUCCAUGCUCGACGACGACGACGACAUACUCUUUCAUGGCCUACAAUCGUCACACACCUCUGUAGCUCACUUAUCAACAUGGAGGUCACGCGGUUUGCAGAUGGAAGUAUGGCCGAAGGCUUGCAGAAGGAAGUAUGGCCUCUUCCAAGGUCUUCCCGAAACAUUCGUACAACUUCCAAGUCUUCAUCAUCUGAAAUUUAGCUAUUGUCGUAGACUUCGUGACUUGAUCGACAGAGGUUCUGCAAGGCAUUUGGCUGCUCGAGACUUGAAAGCACCGCUCACAUGUUUGCCAACAACCGUCAGUUUGUUCCGAGACCUUGAAGAUCUGAUAUUACAUGGCGGCCUCUUCCAAGGUUCUGCAAUGCAUUGGGCUGUUCUCGACUUGAAAGCAUGGCUCACAUGUUUGUUCCGAGACCUUGAAGAUCUGAAAUUACAUGGCGGCUGUGAGCCAAACCUUCCCACCCUUCAGCGUUUGUAGUCCAGGUGGGGGUUCGAGCUCCCAUAAUCUAACUUCGCUGAUCACAAGCCAUGUACUCACAGUGUAUCCAAGACAACAAGAUCAUGAACACUUGCUCUUUCACAGACAAAUUAUCCAGAACUGAAAAUAAUAACUUGCUUUCUGCGAUUUUCACAAGAGCAUC